GGGGCAAUUCGUCGAACGUUGCUGCCGGGGGUUGGUCCGUCUUAAUGUCCCCUUCCGAGGCAGAGCCUUGCGACGAUGCGGAUUGCCGAUGCCGUGUCCGUGCCGGCGAUUUGGGCGUCGGGAUGAUCUCUGAGCCUCUCGCGAUGGGGAGUCGCCGGAGUAUGGACGGAUCUGCUGCUGAGGGACAGUUCCUCCAGCUGUAUGGGUUGUAGCGCUCACCCUACGGCGCUUGCGUCGUGGUUGCUGGACAGCAUCAUACUUGCUGUGUUCGGUAUCGCUGUACACACCAGGACAGGAAGACCCGCUUCGAGCACGUGGGUUACCGAUCUGCGCCACCGGCAGAAAAGGUACGUACCUAGGUGGCAGAAAAGGUACGUACCUAAGUGGCAGAAAAGGUACGUACCUCAGCGGCAGAAAAGAUACGUACCGGAGCGGCAGAAUAGAUACGUACCUGAGCGGCAGAAAAGAUACACAACUUCGAAAAGCUUCAGCGAUCGCUGUCUGUCCAGCUCUAACGGGUUCACAUGCCCUUGGGGAAUCCAGGUUGCCCGUCACCGCGGUCUAAGGUCAACUCCUAUUAAAAGAAAGAAAAUAUCUCGGGAUGGCUAGAGAACUUACCCAGGGAAACAGUCUAUACAACUCGGCUACGAAGUCUCCCAGACUUGUCGGGCGCCACCAUAUUCUCGUAACGCUCUUCUGUUCCGCUCCACCAUCCAUCUCACAAGCAAUUCUGGGCCUUUAAUGCAGCUUCCUUUCCUAUUGAGACAGAUUCCUUUUACUCCCACUCUUCCUCGCUGGCAGCGUCAAU